AAACGCAAGUACAAUAGCAGAAUAUUACGUUACAAUUUGCGCGUAUUGAAAAUUUGGACUCCGUCCGAAUCAGUCAUCAUUAUAUCAUCGAACGUAGUUUACGCGACGAAUCUCAUACCUAAAUUUGACAAUAUUGAGUAAAUCACAUACUAAUAAUGGCGAUGAAAAUUAUUCGCAAAAUCAUAUCAACUGCAAGGGCUCCAAAAUCGGCGGGACCAUAUAAUCAAGCCAUUUUGGUCGACCGAACCGUUUAUCUUUCUGGAGUACUUGGGCUUGAUAAGGAGUCUGGGAAGCUGGUGGAUGGUGGGGCAGCCGGAGAAGCUCGUCAGGCACUCGUCAAUAUGGGAUGUAUUUUAAAGGAGGCGGGUUCGGACUUUGAGAAAGUUAUAAAGACGACUAUCUUGCUCGACAGUAUCGAUGAUUUUUCUGCCAUAAACGAAGUUUACAAGGAAUUUUUCACAAAGGAUUAUCCAGCAAGGUCGACAUUCCAGGUUGGGAAGCUACCAUUGGGAGCGAAGGUUGAAAUCGAGGCAAUUGCGUUGACUGGUGAAGUAAAAACGGUCGGUGGGUCUUAAAAUGCCAGUUGACUGAAAUCAGCAAAACUCUGAAUAUGGGAAAAAAUCUGACGCACACAUUUUUUGAACGUUGUUUUCCUAGGUUUUAUUUUUCUGCAUUACGUAGUUACAAGAAAAAAACAAUAAACUGUAUACAAAAA